GAAUUCCAGGGUCCGCACUGUGUUUACUUCCGUCAAUAUUUCCAGCACGACAGGCAGCGGAGACAAGAAGCAGAGGCAGGGACAGACCAUACAACAAAGGAGUCACUCACCUGUUAAGGUGUUUGGAGUGGCAGUGACCCUCACUCUGCUCACUGUCCUUCCCCUCAGCUAAAAUGCCUUUCUUGGGCAAGGACUGGAGGUCACCAGGAUGGAGCUGGACAAAGACAGAGCACGGCUGGAAGAGGAUUGUCUUGUUUGGACAUGAGUUGGAGGACAACAACAGGGAGAUAGACUUGGCAGAGCUCUGCAGUGACAACAAAGAAAAUCUGUUUGUGGGAGAUGUGUGUGAGCUUGCCACAACCAAGAGGAAAAAGGACCUCUACAACAAUAACACAAAAUCUCAGUUUGUCUACAGGGAUAAAUGGAUCUAUGUGCAGAAAGGGAGCACAAAAGAACGACAUGGAUACUGCACGCUUGGUGAAGCACUCAACCGUCUAGACUUUUCUAGUGCCAUUCAGGACCUGAGAAGAUUCAACUAUGUUGCAAAACUUUUUCAGCUAAUAGCCAGAUCUCAGCUGACGUCUUUGAGUGGAGCUGCCCAGAAAAACUAUUUCAAUAUACUGGAGAAGAUUGUGCGAAAGGUCCUGGAGGACCACUACAAUCCUCGUCUUGUCAAGGAGCUGCUGCAGGACCUAAGCUCCACUCUGCACAGUCUGACUCUCCAUGUUGGCAGAUGUGUCCUCGUGGGUAACGUCAACAUCUGGUUGUGCCGACUGGAGACCAUUCUCAAAUGGCAGCAGCAGCUCAAUAACCUGCAGAUUCCCAAGCAAAUGUGCAAUGGUAUGUCAUUCAACGACUUGCCGCUGCACAUGCAGAAUAAGAUCCUUUACAAGUUAUCUGAUGCCUAUGACAUCAUUAACCUGGGACAGGCCACACCUACCCUGUACCUCCUCAGUGAGAACCAGACGCUGUGGAAGAGGCUGUACCACUUUCACUUCUCAGACAAACAGUUCUGUAGGAAUGUGGUCCUAACCAAGAGUGACAACGUGGACUGGAAGCUGAUGUACUUCACCCUGCAGAAACAUUAUCCCAUGAAGGAGCAGUACGGCGACACCUUGCACUUCUGCAAACACUGUAGCAUCCUCUUCUGGAAGGAUCGCCACCUGGCUUUGUUAUUCAAGGACUGUGGCCAUCCAUGCACAGCCAACGAUCCAGACAGCUGCCUCAUGCCCAUCUCUCCACAGCACUUUAUCGACCUCUUCAAGUUUUAGACCCUCCGUGUUGUUCUUCAAGCGAAAGCGUCUGUUUACCCUCAUUCCAAACCCCAAGAGUAUGUACCAGACCUCAGCAUUGUUUACCCAAAUACAAAGGGCUUCAACUGAAGAAACUACUUUUUUAUGUGUUCAUUCCUUUACGCACAAAUGUUUCUGUAAUACAUAGGAAAGAUUAAAUGUGUAUGUUUGUUGAUGUUAAGAAUGUUGGUGACAAGUGAAAUAUAAAAGAAACGUAUGGGUUCCUCUGUCCACACAAAUGUUUGAAAAGGUAAUAUGUACAUUUAAUAUAUGGAGGAUAAGGAUUUAUAUGUAAAAGGAGCUGUAGCAUGUUUAUGGUAGGUAACUGAUGAUAGGUAGUGUGUAAAGGGUUUUUUUAUAGGCAAAAGUAAAACAUUUAUGUUGUGGCAGAAUAAGAUGACUCAUGUUGAUUGUUUAUUUAAUGAAGUUUAACGAUUCUGCUUUUUGCUGUUUAGUUUUGGUGGUAUUUUUAAUGCAAUAACUGAUUGCAUGUCCUGUUACAGUCCCUGUUUACAUACUGUAUGUUGUCCUUUGUGGAUUGUCGCUGUGCUCUGUGUACACUGAAGGUGUUGACAAAAAAAAAAAAAAAAAAAACAUAUGUAAAACUCCAUUAGCCGUAAGUUUUUGCAAUCUGCUUUUGGUACUGUCAAUUGACAGAGGAAAUGUAAAACAUUAUUUAUGGGUGGGGGGUAUUUUGUACUUUUCCUCAAACGUUUGUAUUAUUCCUUUGCCGUUCCAGUAUUCUUGAUGGUACUGUCAUGAUUUUUCGGUACAGGAACUAGCUAAUAAUAGUAAUUAAACAUUUCUAAAAACCUG